ACGCUGGAAAAUCGACAAUUUAUGUUGGGAUGGUAGUUCACUGGGUACAUUGAAAUAAGAUGUACUACUGCCGCUAUCAUUAAAUGAAGGUCCAAUGCCCGCAUCAAAACCAUCUCUAGCCCUUCCCAUCGGCCAAGUCGACGUCUAUAUGAUCCCGGCAUCUUUAAGCCCAUUAUGCAUGUAGUGUCAUCACCGCUGCAAAAACCAGUUGGAUCUAUGGUCAAGGACAAGACCAAAGGCAUUCAUCGGGCAUCAGUGACAGAAUACCAAACAAGGUACAAACAUUUCCGUAUCAGCGGCCUGUGUCAGGUGAGGAUAAAUGCUCAACCUCGCCUUGUUCGCCUGCGAAAACUUCCACGAAAUGGACUCGGCUACCUUGUUCAUAUUCCUCCCGGCCGUUUACUGCGGAGAGAUACUCUAAAGCUCCCUCAGACCCCUCACUAUACUCUUAGAAAAUACGUAACCGAAUCAUUAGUCCGCCACAGCCACAGCCACCGCCGCCACCUCCUCCGUUGCUCACAGACGAUGAAGAUGAAAAACCGGCCCAACGGAUUGGAAUGCGAUUUGUCCAUUAACGAUUGCAUGGAUGGAGAGAUCGGGCCAGAGAAAAGCGAUAAGGAUGGGAAGAAGAGCGGCUGAGACGAAACGGAUGUGUCUUCGAAGGAGAGGAUCGAUAUAUUCGUAAGUCAGACGUUGGCAGGUCAUGGCUGUGCGCAGGGAGUUUGAAUAG